GCCAAUGGCGCGGCGGCACUGCUGUCACGUGAGGGGCGGAGCUGCUUAAAAUCGGCGGGGCGGGGCGGCCGCGGCCUCAGUCCGGGCCCGUCCGGCGCCGCUCGGGUUAUUACGUCACCGCAGGGGCCGGGCCCCACCCUAUGACGUCACGGCCGCCCCCGCCCCCCCACGCAUGGCGGCGGAGGAGGGGAAGUUGUUCGUGGGGGGCCUCAACUACGACACGGACGAGCAGGGCCUGGAGCAGCACUUCAGCUCCUUCGGGCCCAUCUCCGAGGUGGUGGUGGUGAAGGACAGGGAGACCCAGCGCUCGCGGGGCUUCGGCUUCGUCACCUUCAGCAACCCCGAGCACGCCAGCGACGCCAUGCAGGCCAUGAACGGCGAGUGCCUGACGGGCGGCAGAUCCGCGUCGACCACAGCCGGGAAAUCCCCGCGGGGCUCCCGGGGCGGCUUCGGGGGCGGCCGCGGCCGAGCCAGGGGCUACGGGAGAGGAGGAGGCGACCGAGGCUACGGCGGCCGCUACGAGGGGCGCCCGGGGGGCUACGGGGGGAGCCGGGACUACGGCGGCCGGCAGGGCGGUUACGGGGAGCGCUACCCCUCGGCCUCGUACCGCGACAACUACGACAACUGAGGUAGGGACCCCAAAAUGGGGGGACCCCCAAAUAUGGGGCACCCGCAAAUCCCCGGGGGGGGCACCCCAGAAAUGACCCGGGGCACCUCCAAACCCGUUGGACCCCAAAAUCUGGGGUACCCCCUACCAUAGGGGGCACACCCAAACCAGGGGGACCCCAAAACGUGGAGGGACCCCGAAACCUGGGGCACCCCCAAACUUGGGGGGCACUCCCUGCCAUAGUGGGCACACCCAAACCUGUGGAACCCCAAAACUUGGGGGGACCCCCAAACAUGGGAGGCGCUCCAGAAACGACCCAGGGAACCCCUAAUCCUGGGGAACCCCGAAAAUUGCUAAGGGAGCACCCCCAAAUCCCAGGGGGCACCCCCAAAAUGGGGUGUACCCCAAAACUAGGGGGGGCACCCCAAAACUAGGAUACCCCAACAAUCAGCCAGAACUGAUUUGGGGCACCCCAAAAAGUGACCAAAUGGAUGCCACAAUUCAGGGACACCCCAAAACUGACCAAGGUCACCCCGAAACUGAUGGGAGGGACCCCAAAACUGACCAGGGACACCCCAAAAGUGACUGAGGACACCCCAAAAAUGACAGGGACUCCCCAAAACUGACCGGGGACACCCAAAAGUGACUGAGAGCACCCCAAAAAUGACAGGGACUCCCCAAAACUGAUCAGGGUUACCCCAAAAGUGACUGAGAGCACCCUAAAAAUGACAGGGACUCCCCAAAACUGACCGGGACACCCCAAAAGUGACUGAGAGCACCCCAAAAAUGACAGGGAUUCCCCAAAACUGACCAGGGUUACCCCAAAAGUGACUGAGGGCACCCUUAAAAUGACAGGGACUCCCCAAAAGUGACCAGGGACACCCCAAAAGUGACUGAGAGCACCCCAAAAAUGACAGGGACUCCCAAAACUGACAGGGACACCCCAAAAGUGACUGAGAGCACCUCAAAAAUUACAGGGACUCCCCAGAACUGACAGGGACACCCCAAAAGUGACUGAAAGCACUCCAGGAUUAACCGGACACCCCAAAACCAACCAGCGUUACCCCAAAAGUGACUAGGGGCACCCCAAAAAUGACAGGGACUCCCCAAAACUGACCAGGGACACCCCAAAAGUGACUGAGAGCACCCUAAAAAUGACAGGGACUCCCCAAAACUGACCGGGGACACCCAAAAGUGACUGAGGGCACCCCAAAAAUGAACGGGACUCCCCAAAUCUGACCGGGGUCACCCCAAAAGUGGCUGAGGGCACCCCAGAAUGAACGGGGACUCCCAAAAUUGACCAGGGACACCCCAAAAGUGACUGAGAGCACCCCAAAAAUGACAGGGACUCCCAAAAGUGUCCAGGGACACCCCAAAAGUGACUGAGAGCACCCCAAAAAUGAACAGGACUCCCCAAAACUGACAGGGGACACCCCAAAAGUGACUGAGGGCACCCCAGAAUGAACCAGGACACCCCAAAACCAACCAGGGCUACCCAAAAGUGACCAGGGACACCCCAAAAGUGACUGAGAGCACCCCAAAAAUGAACAGGACUCCCCAAAACUGACAGGGGACACCCCAAAAGUGACUGAGGGCACCCCAGAAUGAACCGGGACACCCCAAAACCAACCAGGGUUACCCCAAAAGUGACCCAAGAUAUCCCAGAACUGACCAAGGACACCCCAAAAGUGCUCAGGAAACCCCGAAAUGUGCCAGGGUCACCCCAAAAAUGUUCAGGGACCCCCCGCCAGCCCACCCCCAGAGCGUUUUUGGGUUUGCACAAUUCCCUGAGCUCCCCCAAAUUGAUUUUUUGGGGGGAUUUUAGAGCCCCCCCCUCCCCCCCAUAAUCAAUUUUGGGAGUUUUGGGUCUCCCCAAUAAUUUUGGGGUGCCCCAAGUGAUUUUAAAGGGUUUGGGGGUUCUCAAAGCCCCCAAAUUCCCAUUUUUGUGGAGAAUUUCUCGGUGAUUCUGGGAGGUUUUUUGGGGUGGUUUUGGAGUUUUCUGUGAAUGCCAAAAUUCCCAAUUUUGGGGUGACCUUUGAUCCCUCCCCCAAAUUAUUUUGGGGGGGUCCCGACCCUUCCCAAGCUCCAUUUGGGGGGGUCCCAGGACGCUCCCAAAUGAAUUUUUGGGGGGGGUCCCAGGACG